AUGUCAAGUGAUGAUAAAAACAAACCUAGUGAACCUAAGAAUGAGCCCAAGCAAUGUGAUCCCAGGUGUGAACAAAGGUGUGAGACUAAAUGCCAGCCCAGCUGUUUAAAGAAGCUGCUGCAACGGUGCUCUGAAAAGUGCCCACGGGAAAAGUGCCCAGCACCACCAAAGUGUCCCCUGUGUCCCCCAUGUCCCCCACUGUGCCCUCCACCAUGCCCACGCCCAGCUCCCUCCCCUCCGAAGCCAUGUUCCAAGCCCUGUCCUCCUAAAUGCCCACCACCCUGCCCACCCCCAGAGUGA